GCGGCAGUUGCGUUCUCCUACGGCCUCCAAGACCACGGAGUGACCCGAGCCGAGGGCUGUGCAGUUGGCCUGGGACGCGAGCGGGCUACGCCGGAUUUGCUUGCAUCGCGGAGCAAAAAAGAAGAACCAGCAGUGCCUGUGUCUCCUGGACUCGCCUUCUGAGGAGCUGCUCCGGAAACCUCUGUGCUACCCUUCCCAGGACAGGGAGCUCCAGGCCCAGCAGCAUGGGGGAGGCUUGCAUCAAGGUCACCAAGUACUUCCUGUUCCUCUUCAACCUGCUUUUCUUCAUCCUGGGCGCCGUGAUCCUGGGCUUCGGGGUGUGGAUCCUCGCUGACCGCACCAGCUUCAUCUCCGUGCUGCAAACCUCCUACAGCUCCCUGCAGGUGGGCGCCUAUGUCUUCAUCGGCGUGGGUGCGGUCACCAUGGUCAUGGGCUUCCUGGGCUGCAUAGGAGCCAUCAACGAGGUCCGCUGCUUGCUGGGACUGUACUUCGCCUUCCUGCUGCUCAUCCUCAUCGCCCAGGUGGUGGCCGGGACACUCUUCUACUUCAACGUGGGCAAGCUGAAGGAGGAGAUGGGCACCGUGGUGUCGAAGCUCAUCCGGAACUACAACGCCAGCAGCGAGGACAGCCUGCAGGAAGCCUGGGACUACGUGCAGGCACAAGUGAGGUGCUGCGGCUGGGUCAGCUUCCACAACUGGACGGACAACGCGGCUCUCAUGAAUGAGAGUGAGAUCGUCUACCCCUGCUCCUGUAAGAACGAGAGCGACAAGGAGGUCAGUUUCUCCAAUAUAAAGGGCUUCUGCAGCCUCCCGAACUCCACCCAGGUGAACAACAACCCCGAGAAGUGGCCGGUGUACAAGGAGGGCUGCCGGGAGAAGGUGCAGAUGUGGCUGCAGGAGAAUCUGGGCAUCAUCCUGGGCGUGUGCGUGGGCGUCGCUGCCGUGGAGCUCCUGGGCAUGCUCCUGUCCAUCUGCCUGUGUCGGCACAUCCGCUCCGAAGACUACAGCAAGGUCCCCAAGUACUGAGGGGCGCUGUUCCCCUCCCUGCCCUAUCUCCUACCUGAUGCCUCCCAGAGGCUCCCUGGCUCCUCCCCGCCCCUUCCCCUCACUGUGCUGGCUGGAAGUGGGGGCUUCCUGGGGCGGGGGCUUCCUGGGGCGGGCACCUCUCUCUAUGCCUUUUUGCCACUGAUAUUGAGCCCCAGUGACCCAGUGGCCCCUCUGCUCGCUGCCCCUUGGCCAGGGGACUCUUAGCGGCUACAGGGGCCAGACCCGCACUGCCCUGCGAAGCUUGCAGGGCAAACGCACCCAAUGGGUGAGGGCCACAUGAGGUCUGGUGCCACCGGGGCUGCCCAUGGGGUGGGUCUCCUUCCUUCCACUGUGACACUCACAUCUGGUUUCUCGAGUUUUCAUGGAAGGCGGCAGGACAGCGUGGGCGGCAGCUCAGCCCGUCUGGACCACGCUGAGUGCCCUUGGGUGGCACAGGGUCUGCCUGUUGCAGACACAGGAGCCCUUCGGGGCAUGGCACAGACAGACUGGCCCUGCAUCCUACAGAAGUCGAGGAUCUGGGCCAGCCCUGCUGGCAGCUGUCCCCUGACCCUUGCCUCCCGCUCCCCCAGCAGCAGGGACUGAGCCUGCGCCUCAUGGGGACAGCUGGGCUCUGUGUGUUCAGUUCUGUAAAAACAAACUGCAGGUUCCAGGACUAUUAAAGUGGGUUUGUAACAAUUCUGCCGGAAAUGGUGGGGCCAUUGCUUCUAGGGAUGGGGAGGACUUGCAGCUAGGAAAAGUGGGGGCUCCCUGCCGCCUCGCAUCCAGGGCGCCUUCUCCCAGCAGGCUUGGCUGCAUCUUUCUAGAGCAUCCAGCUUUGAUAAGAAUCGCGGGAAGGAGCCCUCCUCAUACUAAAGGCAUGGAGUCACGUGGGCAGAAUCCAGGGCCCCUUUGAGAUGGAAUGCGAAACUGUAUUUGGGGGAAUUGAUACGGUGUCUGUAGGUACCCCGGGCUGACCUAGUAAGGGAGCGACUCUGGCUUUCAACACGUGGUGCCCCACGCAGGAGUUUCAGCAUGGUCCACCAGGGGGCGCUGCCGCCUUGCUCUAGAAAGCUGGUUAUCAGGGACACCACGCUCUCCCAGACCUGUGUCCCUGGUGCCCUCUGAGCACUUGUGACACCACAGGUGCCAGAGUUCCAGGAUGCUGGAGCAGCAGAUCAGGGGUGGGGACAAGAAAUACUCCUUUUUCUUUCUUGUUUUGGGUUUCUGAGACAGUCUUGCUAGUUCAGGCUUGCCCCAAACUCAGUGACCCUCCUGUGUCAGCCGAGAGUGCCACCGCAGCGGGCUGAGGAGUCUGCGUUUGUUGCAGCCAUCCAACUCAAUUCCUGAACCGCUUUAGAUCCUCAGGCCCUGGUAGGAUGUGGCCAUGGACUGUCACCUUAGAGAGAAAAGCCCUGUUCCAC